AUGGGACACUACACCCUCGCCCUCGCUUUUGUCCGCCGCCCACGUCUUCUCUCGUCGUUGUCGCUUGCCCCCGACACCCACUCCUUCCCCCGUCGCUCACUCUCUUUCCGCCGUCACCCUCGCUUUCCCCCGCCGCCCUCUCCUUCUCCCGUCGUUCUCGUUUGCCCCCGUCAUCCACUCUUUCCCCCGUCGCACUCGCUUUCCCCCGUCGCCUUUGGCUUUCCCCCGUCGUCCUUGCUUCCCCCGUCGCCCUCGCUUUCCCCCGUCGUCAUUGAUUUCCCCCGUCUCUCUCGCUCUCCCCCGCCGCCCACUCCUUUCCCCGUCUCUCUCGCUUUCCCCCGCCGCCCACUCCUUCUCUCGUUGUUCUCGUUUGCCCCCGUCACCCACUCUUUCCCCCGUCGCACACGCUUUCCCCCGUCGCACUCGCUUUCGCCCGUCGUCAUUGAUUUCCCUCGUCUCUCUCACUCUCCCCCGCCGCCCACUCCUUUCCCCGUCCUCUCGCUUUCCCCCGCCACCCACUCCUUCUCCCGUCGUUCUCGUUUGCCCCCGUCACCCACUCUUUCCCCCGUCGCACACGCUUUCCCCCGUCGCACUCGCUUUCCCCCGUCGUCAUUGAUUUCCCUCGUCUCUCUCACUCUCCCCCGCCGCCCACUCCUUUCCCCGUCUCUCUCGCUUUCCCCCGCCGCCCACUCCUUCUCCCGUCGUUCUCGUUUGCCCCCGUCACCCACUCUUUCCCCCGUCGCACACGCUUUCCCCCGUCGCACUCGCUUUCCCCCGUCGCACUCGCUUUCCCCCGUCGUCAUUGAUUUCCCUCGUCUCUCUCACUCUCCCCCGCCGCCCACUCCUUUCCCCGUCUCUCUCGCUUUCCCCCGCCGCCCACUCCUUCUCUCGUCGUUCUCGUUUGCCCCCGUCACCCACUCUUUCCCCCGUCGCACACGCUUUCCCCCGUCGCACUCGCUUUCCCCCGUCAUCAUUGAUUUCCCUCGUCUCUCUCACUCUCCCCCGCCGCCCACUCCUUUCCCCGUCCUCUCGCUUUCCCCCGCCGCCCACUCCUUCUCCCGUCGUUCUCGUUUGCCCCCGUCACCCACUCUUUCCCCCGUCGCCCUCGCUUUCCCCCGUCGCCUUUGGCUUUCCCCCGUCGUCCUUGCUUCCCCCGUCGCCCUCGCUUUCCCCCGUCGUCAUUGCUUUCCCCCGUCUCUCUCGCUCUCCCCCGCCGCCCACUCCUUUCCCCGUCUCUCUCGCUUUCCCCCGCCGCCCACUCCUUCUCUCGUUGUUCUCGUUUGCCCCCGUCACCCACUCUUUCCCCCGUCGCACACGCUUUCCCCCGUCGCACUCGCUUUCGCCCGUCGUCAUUGA